AGACGCUCCCUAAGCAGAUGGGCGCUCCCCUUGUUCCUUGGUGCUGAUGCAGCCAGCCAGAAGCGUCUAACCGGACAUCGCCUGCACUACAUGACACACUGAGAAGCGAUGCUUUGACAGUCUGCAGGCUUGCUGAGACCCAGGCCAUUGCCAUGGCGUUGUAUUCCAGUUCCUUGGGAACGGCUAGUCCUGCGUUUGAGCCAUGGUCCACAGCUUCAGUGGAUUUGGAUGUCCUACAUUUGCUGGGCUCUGUGGCUGAGGAGAAUAGCACUGCAGAAAGGUGUUACCUCUCACACUCUCACAGCAGUGUGCUUCAGGGGCUGCCCUUUGGUGGAGUGCCCACUGUUCUCGCUAUCAACCUCGUCCUCUGGCUGUUCCUGUUGCUGGUUUUCUCCUGUGUGAGAAAGGCUGCAUGGGAUUACGGUCGUCUGGCUCUGCUGAUGGAGAAUGACAGCCUAACAUCACUUUUCUAUGGAGAGCAAAGUGAGAAAGAGAAGUCUCCUUCUGAAACCAGUCCCUCAGACUCAGAGACCAAAGAUAUGGGCUUCUGCUCCUGGCUCACAUCUCUCUACCACAUGAAGGACGAAGAGAUCCGUAGUAAGUGUGGCAUUGAUGCAGUUACAUACCUGGCAUUUCAGCGCCACAUCAUCCUUCUCAUUGCUGUAGUGUGUCUGCUCUCACUGAGUGUUAUCCUGCCUGUCAACCUCUCUGGGAGCCUCCUGGAGGACAGCCCUAAGAAUUUUGGUCAAACAACUGUGGCUAACAUAGCAGCACAGAACAGUUUUCUGUGGAUACACAGCAUCUUUGCACUACUUUAUUUUGUAAUUACUGUACUCUGUAUGGUUCACCACUCCUCACAGUUGGAAUACAAAGAGGAUGAGAAGGUGGCAAGAACUUUAAUGAUCACCAACAUUCCCAGAGAGAUUUCUGACCCUGGCCUGAUUACCAAACACCUCCACGAAGCUUAUCCGAGCUGUACAGUCACGGACAUCUGCUUCUGUUUCAACGUACAAAAGUUAAUGAAGCUGGACUCUGAGAGGCGAAAAGCAAUGAAGGGGAGGCUGUAUUUCACUACCAAAUCACAGAAGGAAGGGAGGAUCAUGAUAAAGACACAUCCCUGUGCUCAGAUAUUCUGCUGUGAUUUAUGUGGCUUUGAACAGAUCGAUGCAGAGCAGUAUUACAGUGAACUGGAGGAGAAGCUUACAGAUGAGUUUAAUGCAGAAAAGAAUCGCAUUACCAUGAAGAGAUUGGGCAUUGCCUUUGUCACUUUCAGAGACGAGAGGAUGACUGCAGUCAUUGUGAAGGACUACAGGAGGGCACGUUGCCGUCGGAAACCGCAACAGUCCAGCAUUACUACGGUCGUGCACUCGCACCAGUGGGGUGUACGCUAUGCCCCUGCCCCCAAUGACAUCAUCUGGGAGAACCUGUCAGUGAGUGGCUCUCGCUGGUGGCUUCGGUGUGUGUUGCUUAAUAUCCUGCUCUUCCUCCUGCUGUUCUUCCUCACCACUCCUGCCAUUAUUGUCAACACUAUGGACAAGUUCAACGUCACUCGACCUGUGGAAAGCCUUCGGAAUCCAGUUAUCACCCAGUUCUUCCCCACUUUGCUCCUAUGGGCUUUCUCCGUUCUGCUCCCCUUCGUCGUAUAUUACUCUGCCUUCUUUGAGUAUCACUGGACCAGGUCCAGUGAGAAUCAGAUCACUAUGCACAAGUGCUUUCUACUUCUGGUCUUUAUGGUCAUCAUUCUGCCUUCACUUGGUCUGUCCAGUUUGGAUUUUUUCUUCAGGUGGCUCUUUGACACUCACUUCCUGGAUCAGAAAGAUGUAAAGUUCCAAUGUGUGUUCUUGCCUGAUAAUGGAGCUUUCUUCGUGAAUUACGUCAUCACGUCGAGUCUGAUUGGCACGGCGAUGGAGCUGCUGCGGAUUCCCUCACUACUGGUUUACUCGCUGCGUCUUUGCUUUGCAAAAUCCAAAGCGGAGCGCAUCCAUGUUAAACGAAGUCAGGCCUAUGAGUUCCAGUUUGGGUUAGAGUAUGCCUGGACUAUGUGCAUAUUCUCUGUCAGUAUGACCUAUAGCAUUACAUGCCCCAUCAUCGUACCCUUUGGGCUGUUGUAUUUGAUUCUGAAACACAUGGUUGACCGCUAUAACAUCUACUAUGCCUACAUCCCCACCAAGCUGAGUCAGCACAUCCACUCUGCUGCUAUCAGGCAGGUGCUUGUGGCACCAAUUCUCUGCAUGUUCUGGCUUCUCUUCUUCUUUGUGCUCCGACUGGGUCCAAUGCGACCCAUCACUCUGUUCACGUUCAUCUCUGUACUUUUGUGUAUCAUCUUUUCCUUCUUUGGAAUCUGUCUGAAAAAACUACAAUUAGACAGAUCAACAAUGUAUCAGAUGUCUGAUACAACCAUAGAAGGAGCCUAUAAUGAUAUGGAGAGAAGCACUGCAUCCACCACAACUACUGCGAAUCUCUUCAUAGCAUCGGUUUUAUUGGAGCCGGAGCUGGGUCUGACACCCAUGCCCUCUCCUGCCCAUCAGAGUUAUGGCACCAUGGGCAAUUGCCAGGCUUCGGUGCACGAGGAAGAGGGGGCAACUGGGAAAGAUGCGGAGGAGACAGUGGAGACGGAGCUUGAGGACACACCAGGACCUGUCUGCUCCAGCUCUCUGAUGGACAGCCCAGUGGACUACCAGUGACACCUACUCACCUCUACCAGCAAAUUAAAAGCCCCCUGCCUCAUCUUAACUUGAGGCUGUUACUGAGGCACAAUGCUGCAUUUUUUUCCCCCUCCAAAAAUUGUUUCAGGAGUGGAUCUGGCACAACGUGUGUCCACUCAGUCUCUCCCUCUUUCUCUUGCAAUCUUUCUUGCUCUAUAGCCUUCUGUCUUCUUCUGUUCUCUUCUGUUUUUCUUGGGCCUUUCUUGAGGCUGAUGGCGUCUGGCACAAUUGCUGACGGAAGUAUGGAAAACUGGACCCUGUGCUUUGGAGGAGCUUUUCCUUGGCUCUGCUGAUUUCUAAGGCCAUGUCCUCUCUUUAGUGUUUUUCUGUACUUGUUCUCUGUGUCUCCCAAAAGCUUGACCCAGUGCACUUCUAUUUAGGCAGGAUGUCAGAGAAAUUGGACACGGGAAGGAAUACGUUUGUACUUGUUGCUAGUGGCUUAUUACUAAUCUUCAUUUAAAAAUUAUUAUAUAAGACUGUUUUUACUUGCUGUUAGGGGUUUAUAUGAAGGUGUACAGUAUCACUGUUCAUUUAAGGAAUGUUGUGCAUUAUUAUUAUUAUUAUUAUUAUUAUUAUUAUUAUUAUUAUUUGGGAUAUUUAACUGUGUAAUUUGGAGGGAUUUUAAGCAUUUAAUCUUUUGUCUUAAUCUUUUAUUGCAUCAAGAGUGCAGAACCCAUCUCCAUCAAUCCUCAAUCUGCCUGCUACAGCUAUGUUUAUUUUUUUUCCUUUGCUGCAUACUCAUGAUUGUAGUACAAAAUGGAACAAAAGCCACAAUUAUGCCUACAGUGCAAAUUAAUGUAUUCAGCUAGGACAAACUAGGACACAGAGAAUCUUGGAAUAUACAGUACUAUAAAGAACAGGAAACGCAAACCAAAGUAAAAUUCCCAAUCUGUUACUUUACAAAAUGAGUGUAUUCUCUCAGCAUUUGAUUAAUUAGACACUAAGAGUGUGCGUGUGUGGGGGGGGUAUUAUCAGACGGACAUUGAUAUUAAUAUUGCAUUCGGGCAUCACUGCCCAGGGUCUCCAACACUGCAUGUAAUCAAAUGUAGUCAGCAUGUAAUCAACUACCUUCCUUACACAUGAUUCUGUUCAGUCUGCAGCACUCUCAACCUGGUGAUGUGUUACGCCAGCUACUAAAACACUCUAAUGCGCUUUGUAAGUUUUGUACUAUGCUCUUUGCUGCUAGUGGUUAUAUGACUGGUUGAGAUGGGGGUGGGAGGGUUUUCUUGCCAAACUGAAUGCAACCGAAUGUUUGUUUUGUGCUCUCUUGUGGUGCCUUGAAGAGAGAUUUGAAGAAAAAGAAAAAAGAAAAAAAAAAACUUUUACCUUUUAAAGUACCUGACAAUCCAGCAUGGCCUGUGAUAUGCUGCAUGGACUGGUGAAAACAGAGCAGGAGAUUACAAAGUGCCAAAAAGUCCAGUACGUACUUCAUUUAUGCAGUUGCGUAAAUCGCCUUAGCACUUAAGAAGGAAAUCAUAAAUUCUCUCAUAAAGCACAACAUCCAGCUUCAAAUCCACAUUCAUCUAGUUUUCUUCCUUUCUGCAGUCCUAUUUAGAUAAACAGUACAACACCCUGAGAGAUGCAGACUGAAUAUUAAUUAGAUUUAUUUGAUCAAUUUGUGCUGAUUGUAUUUACUAGCAUCCAGUGUGUAGAAUUUGUUUUGUUUACGCAGUGGAGGUUUGUGGGUUGUGAGGUUUCUAUGUAUGACAGGGAGCACAGGGUGAGCUGCUGUACUGUAACCCACUGUACCGUAUCUCACUGCACUAUAGCAGAAGACAAUAAAAUAAAACUCCAAACAACACAUCAACGUUAUGUUCAUUAACAGUAUGAAAGUACUUUAUACAUUUCUUCAUGCACAUAUGCAGUCACAUGAUUGAGCAUCAUUGGAAUUUUUAGGUUCUAUCUGGGGGUUUUGUUUGUCAAAAUGAGUUGAUGUUAUUAAUAUGUUUUAUACAUGCCACUGGGGGCUGGUAUCAGUUGGCUAGCAUGGCUAAGCCCCUCUUUGUCUUUUGAAUAUAAAAAGAAUUAAAUGUCUGGCCUAUCACCAGGAGAUUGUGAAUUAGACAGCCAUCUGUGACUGGGAGCUAAGGAAGAAAAAUUAGCCGUGUACUCUGUGCGGGAGGGACGGUAUACUCUCUCUCCUAUGUCAAUCACAGUGACACUAGCCAAUCAUGGAUGUUUGCGAGCUCAUGUAUGUGGAAGAGGGUAGAUAGCAUUUUCAAGUCGCAGUUUGAAAAGAUGUGGUUGGCUGUUUUCUUAGAGGAAGCACUUGUUAGCCUUCCCCCUCCCAGAGAGCUGGAUGGUGGGUGGUAAUUGGCAGGUGACCAAAUUUUUGAGAAAAUAGUGGGGGGUUAUUGAAGACAUCAAUAUGGAGCUUCAGUUUGGCAUCCACAGUAGAUUAUUAUCUAUUGUUAUGAUCUCAUAAGGAAGAAUAUUUUGGUCUUUU